CGGCUCUUUGGCGCGAAGGAGCCAUGGCUGCUGCAGGGGGUCACAUCCAGCGUCUCCGUAAUGAAGCCACGUGCUCCAUCUGCCUGGAUUACUUCAAGGAUCCAGUGACCAUCCCAGAGUGUGGGCACAACUUCUGCCGAUCCUGCCUGAUCCAGUACUGGGAGGAAUCGGAGGCAGAGGCUUCCUGCCCUCAGUGCAGAAAAACAGUUCAGAGAAGGGGUCUCAUCCCCAACCAGCAACUGGCUAAUAUGGUAGAAAUAGCCCAGAAUCUCAGCCUUCAAGAGGGAAAGGGAGAAGGAGGAGUCUGCGAAGAUCACCAGGAGCCCCUGAAGCUCUUCUGCAAAGUCCAUGAAGCCCCUAUCUGCCUGGUUUGUGACAAAUCAAAGGAACAUGAAAAUCACAAGGUGAUUCCUCUGAAGGAGGCUUUCGAGGAAUACAAGGAAGAGAUCUGUCGCCGCCUGGAAAUUCUGAGGAAAGAGAGAGAGGAAAUUCUGGCCUAUCAAGCAGACCUGGACAAGGAAAGCAAAGACCUCCUUAAAUUAACAGAAAUUGAGAGGGUGAAGACUGUCGAGAAGUUCAGACAACUGUGCCAGUUCCUGGAAGAACAAGAAAAACAUCUGCUGACUCAUGUGGAAGAGGUGGAGAAGGAGAUUGCAGGGAGAAGGGAUGAGCAGCUGGCCAAACUCUCCAGGAAACUCUCCGUUCUUGAGAGAAUCAUACAGGAGAUGGAGGAGAAGCGUCAGCAGCCAGCGAGUGAACUCCUGCAGGAUAUGAGAAGCACCUUGCAGAGGUAUGAGAAAAGAGAGAGUCCAGAGAAGCCACUGCCUUUCCCUCCAGAACUGAGGAACAGGAUCUUGGAAUCCUGUGAUCUAAAUCACCUUGUGGAGAAUGCAAUGAAAGAUGCUAUGUUAUUCAGAGAACAGAUUCAGAAAGAUGUUCAGUCAUUCGGAAAUCUCCAGAGAGAUGUCCAGUCAUUCAGAAAUCUCCAGAGAGGUAAAUUGCACACGGAGACCCCAAUUCACAGGAGGGGGGCUAACACAGCCUAUCCCAGGAUCAUCCUGUCGGAGGAUCGGAAAAGCAUGAGAUAUGGAGACAAAAAGCAAGACCUGCCUGACAAUCCUGAGAGAUUCAAUGGCUGGUCUUGUGUGUUGGGACGUGAGGGAUUCACAGCAGGCAGACAUUUCUGGGAAGUCAAUGUGGAGAGUAAGGGAUGCAUGGAUGUGGGGGUCGCCAGGAAGUCUGUGGAGAGAAAGGGCUACUUCACCCCAGGCCCUAAGGGAGGGAUCUGGGCUGUGGGGAAGUGGGGAGAUGAGUUCGUGGCCUGCACCUUCCCUGAUUCCUCUCCUCUGUCCCUGAGUGAGAAGCCCAGGAGGAUCCGGGUGACUCUGGACUAUGAAGGGGGACGUGUGUCUUUUUCUGACGCUGACUCAGGAGCCGAACUCUACACGUUCUCAGGAACCUCAUUCUCAGGAGAGACCCUCCUCCCUUACUUUAAGCUAAGGCCACGCCGCACCAUGGAAAUCCCUCCAGCCAACUGCACCCCGGGGAUCGCGCCUGCCAGCAGGCCUCGCUGCACCUUGAGGAUCAUGGCCGCCAACAGGCUGCAGCUCACCCCGCGGAUCGCGCCCCACAACUGGCCGCACCGCACCUCACGGAUCGCAGCUGGCCCACCAGCAGGCCUCGCCGCACCCCACGGAUCGCGGCCACAAGCAGGCCGUAUCAUCCCCAAUAGCACCCAACCCACCAACAGGCCAUGCUGCACCCCAGGGAUCGCUCCCGCUGACAGGCCGCGCCGCCCGCCAGCAGGCCGCACCGGACCCCACAGAUCGCGGCCGGCAGCAGGCCUCCUCGCACCCCGGAGAUCGCACCCACCAGCAGGUCCCGCCGCACCCGAUCAGGCCUACCAGCAGGCCGCACCGCAGCCCGGGGAUCACGCCCGCCAACAGGCUGCACCAUACCCGAUUGCCACACUGCACCCAAUUGCGCCCACCAGAAGGCAGUACUGCCCGACAGCAGGCCACACUGCACCCACAUAUUGCGACUGCCAACAGGCCUUGGCAAAACCCGCAGAUCGCACCCACCAACAGGCCGCGCCGCACCCCAGGGAUCACGCCCGCCAACAGGCCGCACCACACCCGAUUGCCACACCGCACCCGAUCGCGCCCACCAGAAGGCUGUACCGCCCGACAGCAGGCCACACUGCACCCACAGAUUGCAACCACCAACAGGCCUCGGAGAAACCCGCAGAUUGCGCCCACCAACAGGCCGCGCCGCACCCCAGGGAAUGCGUGAGCCAGCAGGCCGCGCUGUCCACCAGCAGCCCACGCCAGACCACAGAGAUCGCGCCGACACCAGGCCGCCCUGACAACAGACCACUCCACAACCAUGCCACUCCAUGGAGGACUGUCCAGAAACUGGGAAGGCGGAACUUGGCUCUUUGGGGUGAGGGAGCCAUGGCUGCUGCAGGGGGUCACAUCCAGCGUCUCCGUGAUGAAGCCACUUGCUCCAUCUGCCGGGAUUUCUUCAAGGAUCCAGUGACCAGCCCAGAGUGUGGGCACAACUUCUGCCGAUCCUGCUUGAUCGAGUCCUGGGGGGAAUCGGAGGCAGAGGCUUCCUGCCCUCACUGCAGACAAAGCGUCCAGAGAAGGAGCCUCAUCCCCAACCGGCAGUUGGCAAACUUCGUGGAAAUAGCCAAGAAUCUCAGUGUUCAAGGAGGGAAAGAAGAAGAAAGAAAAGGAGGUGUCUGCGAGGAGCACAAGGAACCCCUGAAGCUCUUUUGCAAAGUCCACGAAGACCCCAUCUGCAUGGUGUGUGACAGAUCAAAGGAACAUGAAAAUCACAAGGUGAUUCCUCUGGAGGAGGCUUUCGAGGAAUACAAGGGAGAGAUCUGUCGUCGCCUGGAGAUUCUGAGGAAAGAGAGAGAGGAAAUUCUGGCCUUUCAAGCAGAUCUGGACAAGGAAAGCAAAGACCUCCUUAAAUUAACAGAAACAGAGAGGCUGAAGACUGUGGAGAACUUCAAACAACUGCACCAAUUCUUGGAAGAACAAGAAAAACGUCUGCUGAAUCAUAUGGAAGAGGUGGAGAAGGAGAUUGCAGGGAGAAGGGAUGAGCAGCUGGCCAGACUCUCCAGGAAACUCUCCUCUCUUGAGAAGAUCAUCCAGGAGAUGGAGGAUAUGCGUCAACAGCCAGCGAGUGAACUCCUGCAGGAUGUGAGAAGCACCUUUCAGAGGUAUGAGAAAAGAGAGAGUCCAGAGAAGCCAGUGGCUUUCCCUCCAGAACUGAGGAACCAGUUGGAAUCCUGUGAUCUAAAUCACCUUGUGGAGGAUGCAAUGAAACAGUUGAAAGAUGCUCUGUUAUGCAGAAAACAGAUUCAGAAAGAUGCCCAGUCAUUCGGAAAUCUACAGAGAGCAAAUGUCACUCUGGAUCCAGACACAGCCCAUCCCAGGCUCAUUCUGUCCAAGGAUCGGAAAAGCGUAAGAUGCAGAGACAGACUUCUACCCAUGCCCGACAAUCCUAAGAGAUUCAGAUGCUAUUUUUGUGUGUUGGGACGUGAGGGAUUCACAGCAGGCAGGCAUUUCUGGGAAGUCAGUGUGGGAAGUGGGGAAAGAUGGGCUUUGGGGGUUGCCAGGAAAUCUGUGAAUAGAAAGGGCCGCUUCUCCUUAAAGCCUGAGGAGGGGGUAUGGGCUGUGCGGAAGUGGGGAGAUGAGUACAUAGCCUGUACCUCCCCUCUUUACUCUCCUCUGUUCCUGAGGGAGGAGCCCAGGAGGAUCCGGGUGACUCUGGACUAUGAAGGGGGACGUGUGUCUCUUUCUAACGCUGACUCAGGAGCUGAACUCUACACGUUCUCUGGAGCCUCGUUCUCUGGAGAGAUGCUCCUCCCUUACUUUUAUCUGUGGGGAAAUGAAACACACCUCAGAAUUGCCUGAGGAGACUAAAUCUGCCUCUCAGGCCCAGUUGGGAGUUUCUCUUCAGACCAGAGUGACUGACAUAAAAAACAUUGACCUGCCAAGAGAACCUUGGGCAGUUUUUCAAGGGGACCUUUGAGAGGAUUUUAGCGAGGCAGUGAGAGGCACAAAGAAUAUAGGAUUUCUGACAGGCAUAGUGGCAUCAAUAAGGCACUAUAGCCAUUAUAAAGCAGAUUAAUAAAUCCCCAGGUCCUUUUCCCUUGCCACAGUGGAAAACAGGGUCAUCCUCCAUUAACUUGUCCUAAGGCCAGCCAAAUUUGUGGCCACAACUACCUUUAAUGGCAGCAGAUCCCACUGUUUUAACAAUGCAGCGUGUGACGAAUUCGUUUCUCAUUUCACUCCUGAAUCUUUAAAGGUAUUUUUUAGUCUGGUGGUGGGAGGGGGAGCAGUCAGGAUGUUACAUUCUGUCACUGAGGAUAUCACUGUGUAAGAUUCUGUACAAAAGGAGGAGUCUCUCUCUGUACUUCCUCUUUUGCCUCUGUUCUUUGCUUUGUUGUGCCUCAUGUGCUUGUACGUGCCUGUGUGCUGUUGGAGGAGUUAAGUUUCGAUUUUGCCCGGAGGGAUGAAAGCAUGUCGGCUAAAUCCCCAGCGUCUUGUAAAUAAAGCUCAUAGAUAAUAAAUCAU